AUGUCGUCCCUCGGCAUAGUCUGGCAGACCAGCAGGAAACAAGUCAUCGCUGCCACCGCUGCUGAUUCAGGAUACCGUCUCGUCCUUGUUGUGAGCAAGGUGCUUCCGGGGUCGCCAGCGGCCGAGUGCGGGAAGAUCAGAGCAGGCGACAAGCUGAUCGCGGUCCAAGAUGAGUCACCUGAUAGCCGCAAAGUUGUUAUCGGAAUGAGCCAGAAGCAGCUGGAGGGGAUCAUGAGGCUGUUCAGGUCUACUCUGAUCUUUGAGUUUCUUCACGCGACAGACUUCGGCUCGGGCAAGUCUUUCUUCGUUCAGAUGCGGAGGAACGCAGAGACAAAGAGGAUGGACUUCGUUUCGCUCCCUGACAUCAAUGGGCGGAAGGAGAAGAAAGCGUCGUCAGAGGCCCAGGGGAGAAGCGAAGGAAAGCAGGACGACAUGCAAAAGGAAAUCUCAGAUGCUCUUUGCAUCAUUGAGAAGAGCAGGAAGUUCAGUGUGAUGGAUGAGUUGACGACGAGGGAGAAGGCUGAGAUGCGAUUGAUGAACAAGUCAGCUGCAAGCGUGCAUGUGACGGGAUGUCAGCUGAGAUCGAGGAGGAACGUAUGUAGCCACGAGAAGCACGGGCUCGUGCACAGCACGGCUCACUUCAUCGAGGAGUUCGAGCGGCUGCGAGCAGACUUCAUCCAGAAGUGCGAUGAGUCGCCGGGGCUGAUCGAGGAGAACUUCAGGCUCGAGUCGCAGAUAGACGAGCAAGGGGAAGCGCUGUCGGCAAACAAGGUCACGCUGAGAGCUUGCCAAGACGAGCUUGAGGUAGCAGCGGAGCACCUCGCGACGAGGAAGCGCGAGAUGGAUGAGGAGUACGAGAAGCAUCGGCGAGAUGCCGUCACAAGCAGGACAGCAGCCAAGGAGGCGUUGGAGAGAGAAAUGUACGUGCUCGAGCGGCAGAUGGCGGAGUUGGACGAUGAGGAGGAGAAGCUGGUUGCUGAGAUAGAAGCGACCUCGCAAGAGAUAGAUAAAGAAGAGAGCUCGUUGCACGUGCACGAGAAGAAGCUGGAGCUAGCAAAGCUGCUGAUGCAAGCGAGCGGAGAGGGCGAAGUCUUUAACUUGAUCAGUCACGUGUGUGAGUUUACCGGCAAGCCUCCCGAGUUCGUCGAGAUGUUCCUGCAGGACAUGGAGAUGGAUGCGGAGAUCCAGCGACUGCGCGAACGAGAAGAAGCGCUGUCCAACAAGCUGGAGCAAUUGAGCGAAGAGGAGAACGUGAGGAGACCGGAGGAGAGGAUCAAUCGUGAGCGAAAGAAGCACUCCAAACUUCAGUUCAACAUGCUCAUCCACGUAGGGGGGAAGGAGGACGGGGAGCUGGAGGAGGAGAGGGAGGUGGAAGUGUGUCUAGCUGCUGCUGCUGACAGCCCCCAGCGUUCCUCUCAGAUCCUCCGCAAGAAGCUGGAGGAGCUCGACACCUUGGUAACGAUGCGCAGCGGUGGGCAAGAGCAAGUGGAGACUGCCUCCAACUCAGGCAGACGUGACGUCCAGCUGUUGGCAGAGGAUUGUCAAGAGGCGCUGAAGGUUGAGCGCGAGCGAAAGAAGAUGGCGCGUCGGAGGCAUCAAGAAGAGAGGAAAGGGUAG